UUAUUUUCGUGAAUAUAAAACAUGGAAUCGACUGGCGAAUGCGCUAUCUGUUUGGAAGCGAUGCCACCUAGUGCGCUGCGUUUGCAGCAAUGCGCACACCGUUUCCAUGCCGACUGCAUCAACCGAUGGUUAUCUGUAAGAAAUCGUUGCCCCAUUUGCAGAAUCGUCACGACGGAAGGGAUGCCGCUGAAUGCCACGAGAGCGGAAGUGGACUAUUCGGAUGAAGAAAAUCAGUUCGACGAUUCGUUUACUGCUUCAAGUGUUGAAGAUGAAGAUUAUAUGGAAUAUGACUCAGACUGUUUGGAAGAAGGUGAUACAGGAAGUUACGAAGGGUCAGAUAGCGGGGGCGUUCCAGACGAUGCUAACUGGGAUAUCAGUGAACCCGAAGCAGAUGAUCUGCUAGACGAUGCUAACUGGGAUGUUAACUGGGAAGAUGACAAUGAAUCUGAAGAUGUCCGGCUAGAAGAGGAAGCCGUUUUAGACGAUGCUGGCUGGGAUGACAAUGAAAUCGAGGAUAUCCUGGUAGAUUAUGAUCCGAAUGAAGAAGAUGAACCACUGGUCGAAGAAUGGUUAGAUUUCUACGAGGAAGAAUAAUUCGGAAAUUAGUUUUUAGCAGUAUACCUAUGAAAAUAUGUGUGAUAUUCUUUUUUGUUACAUAUUUUAUUAUUCCAUACCUCAUAGAAGUAACUCGAUACAAGUCAGGUAAAAGUGAAGGGCUUCGUCGCAACUUACGAGUGAUAUGAACAUCAUUACAAUAUUAACUGCCAUCAUCACAUAAAUUCGUA